CCCGCCCCCGCCCCAUAAUUGCGCUUUCCGUCCCCCGCUACUGCAAGCGACCCUGCCCUUCAAACUCUCAUCCCCAACACAUUAUUCAGCGACCACAUACUAGCAAUGGCAGCUGCUAAGAAAUCGUCCGCUUCCAAGGCAGCCUCCGACAAGAAGGCUGCAGCUCGCGCCGCUCCCGCUCAUCCGCCGUGGAUCGACAUGAUCAAGGAGUGUAUUAUUGAUCACAAGGAAGAGGCCCGAACCGGCGUCUCCCGGCCACAGAUCAAGAAGUAUGUCGAGGAGAAGUACGACAUCGAAAUUGGCAACGCCCAGAUUACUCAGCUCAGCAGGGCUAUUACCACUGGUGCCGAUAAAGGCAUCUUCGUUCUCCCAAAGGGUCCGUCUGGUCGUGUGAAGCUUCCCCCCAAGGCUACUCGCCCUGCAGGCGAGGCUUUGGCACCGAAAGAGAACCAGCCUGAAGAAAAGCCUAAGGCUGCUAAGGCCCCUGCGAAGCCCAAGGUUCCGGCGAAGCCUGCCAUGAUCACUGCGAAGAAGCCUAUCAUUGGGAAAAAGCCCGUGGCCCCGGCAAAAGCGGCGCCUGCCAAGAAGUCAACCUCGACAUCCAGGACGGCGACCAAGUCAGCAGCCACGAAGUCGACCUCUACGACUAAAGCCAAAGCAGCUCCCCCCAAGGCGAAGAAGGCCGAGACGAAGAAGACUGAGACGAGGAAGACUGAUACCAAGAAAGCUGAACCCAAGAAGGCACCUGCGAAGAAGGCGGCGCCUGCUAAGCCCGCUAAGAAGACUACUGCACCGAGCAGGCGGGAUGCCGCUAAGAAGGCUGUUACCGGGGAAAAGCCCGCUUCCUCCAAGGCUAAGCCCGCUUCGAAGGCUACUAAGAAAGCACCCGCAAGCAAGGCCGCGAAGGACAGCGCUCCUCAGGCGCCAUCUUCGCGCAGCGCAAGGGCUGCGAAGCGAGCGUAAGCUCUUAAGUCUAUCUAUGAUAUUCUCGACCUCUUUACGACGUCUCGUCUGCGGCCUGUACAUCUCUUCUCUCUAAUCUCUUCUACGAAUUCCUUCUGUCCUCACCUAUUAUGUGCGCGUAUCGUACUCCAUCUGCACGAUAGUCUGCCUGUGUCUCGUAGUAACGUAUCGUAACGCGUCGUAUGUGGAUGUA